AUGGCAUUCAAACACGGAAUGCUUCUGGACCCUUCGCUUUUCCUGGUAAUCAUAAGCUUUUUGCAAGCACUUCCUGCAGAUACGACAGUGCUGUCCUACAAACGAAGAUAUAUUGAAAACUCUGUCGAGGAGUGUGCAUUUGAGAUUCAAUCGAAUACUGCUAAUUGCGAGAGACUCGGGUUAACGAACGUUCCUGAAGAGCUCCCAGAGGAUGUUGAAAUCCUGAGGAUCAGUGAGAAUAGUAUCAAGUCUUUAUUGAACUCCUCGUUUGAAAGGUACCCUCAUGUCACCUACCUAGACGUCUCCCAGAACGACAUUAGAGUGAUAGAACCCACAACUUUCUAUCCCCUCAAAGAAUUAGCCCUCCUACGUAUGUUCCUCAACCCAUAUCUUGUACUUCCAACAGGACUACUCAGUUGGCUUCUCGAUUGGAUCGGUCGUCCUAUUGAACUUCUCAACAAGAAUACAACUCUUUGUUCGCCAGCAUCUUUAGAGCCGCUCCACUACAAACCUCUCCUUGAUUUUGAUCCCUCGGAGCUCUGUGGCCUUAGCAUCCCACUCGUCUGUUUGUCUUCCCUCGCUGUCAUUUGUCUGGUCGCCAUCGCCGUGCUCUUUCAUCACUAUCGAUGGCAAUUAAGGCACAGACUCUUUCUCCUGAAGUUUGCCGCCCUUGGGUACCUGGAGAUACGAGACACUCGGGAACACGACGAAUACGAGUUCGAUUUGAAUAUCAUCUUCUACGAUGAUGACGAAGAAUGGGUCCGUGAACAUCUUCGGUUAGCCAUCGAAGAACGGCUUCCGCAAUUCCAGAGCAACGUCUUUGGUGACGAGGAUCUCAUCCCCGGUAUGCACUAUUUGGAGGCAGUCGACUAUGUGGUGAGGCGGAGUUACAAAACCGUUGUACUGCUCAGCAGUGCCGCUGUCCGCGAUCGCUGGUUCAUGCUCAAGUUCCGGACGGCCAUGGACCACGUGAGUGAUACCCAGACCGAGUUUGUCUUCGUGAUUUUCCUGGAAGAUAUUCCCGACGAAGAAAUACCCUUCCUUGCAAGGAUGUACCUAAGUGAUGGCAGACCCUAUCUGCACUGGCCUGAAGAUAUUAGGGGACAGUUAUAUUUUUUUGAUGAACUAACCAAAAAUCUGACCAUCAAUCUAAAGACGAAUGAUUUGAUUCCUGAUGGAUAG